AUGCCCAGACUCGAUGGUUGCAUCGAGCUGGCUCAAGCAUUAAAAAUGCCACGACCUGGCAGUCUCAAAGACCCAGAUAUUGCCGAGUUAUUUAGUAGACAUGAUCCAGAGAAGAUCUUUGAAGAUCUUCGUGAGAUUGGACAUGGGUCUUUUGGGGCGGUUUAUUAUGCUCGCUGCAAUCUCACCAAAGAGAUUGUGGCAAUUAAAAAAAUGUCAUAUGUAGGAAAGCAGAGUGAAGAGAAGUGGCAGGAUAUAUUGAAAGAAAUUAAAUUCCUGAAGCAAUUGGACCACCCAAACACCAUCGAAUACAAGGGAUGCUACAAACGCGAACAUACGGCAUGGCUUGUCAUGGAGUAUUGUGUGGGGUCUGCAUCAGAUAUUAUAGAGGUACACAAGCGGCCGUUACGCGAGGAAGAAAUCGCUGCGAUAUGUGAAGGUGUCGUUUGCGGGUUGUCAUAUUUGCACAGCUUAGGUAGAAUCCAUCGGGACAUCAAGGCGGGUAACAUCUUGCUCACCGAGAAUGGAACUGUUAAGUUAGCAGAUUUUGGUAGUGCCAGUAUCAAGUGUCCGGCUAACAGCUUCGUGGGCACGCCUUAUUGGAUGGCGCCUGAAGUUAUACUCGCCAUGGAUGAAGGGCAGUAUGACGGCAAGGUAGACGUAUGGUCUUUAGGAAUAACUUGCAUCGAGCUGGCAGAACGCAAGCCCCCUUACUUUAACAUGAACGCAAUGUCGGCGCUGUACCACAUCGCACAGAACGACUCACCCACCUUGCAGGUGAGUUACCUACAAGCUCCAGAAUGGACGGAUACAUUCCGAUUUUUUGUCGAAGCGUGUCUUAGAAAGAACCCCCAAGAACGUCCAUCGUCCGCGGGUUUACUCUCACAUAUCUUCCUCACACGACAAAGAUCUCCAAAUGUGCUUGUCGACCUUAUACAAAGGACUAAAGCAGCAGUUAGAGACCUCGACAAUCUCAACUAUAGGAAGAUGAAAAAGAUAUUGAUGGUCGACGCAGAUAACGAAAGUGCUAUUGGUGACAGCGAAGAGACGGCCGAGGAACGAUCCGGGGGCGACAGUUCCAAAUCAAACUCGGCCACGUCGGAGCACAGCGCGGCGGGCGCGUCCAGCCAAAGCUCGUCCUCCGGCAGUCUUCGGCGCAGGCCACACCCUGUAAACGCGAAUCACCAUGGUCAACAUCAGCAACAGCCCACUUACCAACACUUGAACCAUCAGCAUUCACACUCCACGAGAGAGAGCGAGAGUCCUCUACCGGGCGCCCACGACGACUAUGUCAAUAGAGACGCAGUGCGUGACUACGCUAACCGUGACUCUCUUUGUGAUGACUAUGGCGAUGACUACGCCAACCGUGACGCGAUACGUGAGGCGAGAGAACGGGAGAGAGAUCGAGAUCGUGAACGGGAUCGGCAUGCCAAUGAGUAUCGGGAAUAUGUGAACGCGUCCGCAGCCUGGCAACAGGAUGCAGGUGAUGAUAACAGAAAUACGCAGCGUCGGCAGGGUAGCAAGAGUAUAACGAAUAACGUAUCAGCUGCGAUGUCGCUGGUGUCGGAGCAUGGCGCGAACAACUUUGCAACGAUACGAACCACUAGCAUCGUUACCAAACAACAAAAAGAACACAACCAGGAGAUGCACGAACAGAUGUCAGGUUAUAAGCGCAUGCGACGCGAACAUCAAGCAGCAUUGUUAAAGCUGGAGGAACGGUGCAAGGCUGACGUUGAGGCCCACAAAGCGCAGCUCGACCGCGAGUACGAAGCACUAUUGCAGCAAUUGUCCAGGGAGUUAGAGCGAUUACAGACGAAACACGUGCAAGAGCUAGAACGCAAACAGAAACAGAAUGCGGCAACAGAGAAGAAGUUAAUCAAGGACAUUACUUCGAGACAGGAGCAAGACCGCAAAGCGUUUGAGACGCAGCGUAAGCGCGAGUACAAGGCAAACAAGGAACGGUGGAAAAAAGAACUCAGUAUGGAUGACGCCACGCCCAAGAGGCAGCGGGACGCCACGCUACAGUCUCAGAAAGACAAUCUUAAGCAAGCGGAAGCUGCAGAAGAAGCCCGACUGGUUCGGGCGCAGCGUGAGUAUUUGGAGCUCGAGUUGCGACGUUUCCGGCGGCGCCGCAUGCUCGCCGUGCACCACAAGGAGCAGGAGCUGCUACGGGAGGAACUUAACAAGCGCCAAAACCAGUUGGAGCAAGCACACGCGAUGUUGUUACGACAUCACGAAAAGACACAAGAACUAGAAUACCGUCAGCAGAAAGGCGUUCAUGCACUUAGAGAGGAACAGUUAUCGAACCAGCAUGCGACUGAGUUGGCGAACCAGCGAGAGUAUAUGCAGCGGGCCGAACAUGAACUGCGUAAGAAGCACGCGCUGCAGCUCAAGCAACAACCUAAAAGCCUCAAACAAAAAGAGAUGCAGAUUAGAAAACAAUUUCGCGAGACGUGCAAGAUACAGACGCGUCAGUACAAGGCGCUCAAAGCGCAAAUACUGCAGAUGACCGCUAAGGAGCAACAAAAGGAAGUAAUAAAGACUUUGAAAGACGAGAAGCGUCGCAAGCUGGUGUUAUUGGGCGAGCAGUACGACCAAAGCAUCACGGAGAUGUUACAGAAACAGACCGUCAGACUCGAUGAGAGCCAAAUGAUGGAGUGCCAGCAACUUAAAAUGCAGCUGGAGCACGAGUUGGACAUGCUCACUGCUUACCAGAGCAAGAGUAAGAUGCAGGCGGAGGCGCAGCGGAACCGCGAGCGGCGUGAACUGGAGGACAGGGUUGCCGUGCGCCGGGGACUGUUGGAGCAGAAGAUGGAGUCGGAGUGUGCGCAGUUCGUGGCGGAGCGCGCCGAGCGCACGCGCCUGCUGCACGAGCGCCACGAGCGCGAGCUCGAGCACUUCGACAUCGAGAGCGCUCGCCUGGGCUUCAGCGCUAUGGCGAUCGCGGAAGGCAGCCGAGAUGGAUACGGCGAAGAGGAACAGUCGCUCUCGGGCUCCAUGCUUUCGUUGGCGCACAGUAACUCGUCCGCGAGCUUCGCGGCUGGCUCCCUGUAA